AUGUCAAUAGAAACUACCAAAACGUCUAAUAUCCCUCCUGAAAUCGUUUAUGAGAUCCUAACUUAUCAGUUUAGGGAUUAUAUGAGCAAUGAUCAGCCAAGUACAUCAGAAAAAUUUAAUGAAAACCUACGGAACUUUUUAAGAAGUAAUCUAACGGUAAAUAAGACAUUCUACCAUAUUUGUAGAAUUUUAGUAUACAGGUACUGUAAUUUCACCACUGCAAAAAGAUUUCAUAGUCUCUUGAAUUCAAUUUCUUAUCACGAUGAAUUAAGGAACAUUAUUCAGGUAGCAGAUUUCCAGGAAUUAACUUCAAUUGGUUUAGGACGGACAAAUGAAAUGAAUAAAAUGAUUAAAAAUCUAACUAAUGAUACAUUGUUGCAGUUUUUGAAACUGACAAAAUCAAACUUAAGAGAGUUUCUUGCCAGUGAGCAUAUACAAGAUGACCUUGAUGAUAGAAUUAUUUUUUUCCUAUUAAAACCUGGAACAGUACUGAGUGUACUAGAUUUCUGUGGUUGCUCAGGUCCCAAUUUUACGAAUAACUUCAUUAGUGCUUUAAGAAGGUUGUAUCCUUCUUCAGCUGAUAUCGGUAAUAUGCAUGAAAAUCCAUUAGAAUACAAUUAUCAAAUAACUUGUCUGGGACUAAAUGAUUGUACAGACCUUCCAUCAUUCGUUUUGCAUAAGACCUUAAGGUUGUUGCCAGAGCUACAGAAAUUAGAUCUUUCUCGUACUUCAAUAGACGAUAGCGCAUUAAUGAAUGGUUUACCACACUUGAAAAAUCUGACGCAUUUAUCAUUAGCUAAUUGUUCACAAUUGACUCCAAGGGCUAUUUUGGAAUUUUUCAGUCAUCAUCCAGCUGUAACUGAUGAAAAUAAUAUGAGUACCUUAGAAUGGCUAAAUAUUAGUGUCAUAUCGCAUACAUCCUCCUGGAAUGAAGCUCAUACAACGUUCUUGCUAAAAAAGCUAUGUCAAUUUGGUCAUAAUAAGACUCUACAGUAUCUAAACAUAGGUGGUCUUCCACUACAUCAAGCAACCAUGCCAUUACUACCGUCCUCGACAUCAUCAUCUGCAAUUUCCUUGAGUAGUUUUAAUAACGCUCCAAACUACAACAGUCCUCAAUCGAUCUUUACAACAGUUACUAAGAACAGAUUUUACUACCAUUGCAACGACGCUCUGAUAUUUAUUAAGAUUAACUAUCCAUAUUUGAAAAGUUUAACAAUCAGACAUAAUAAUAUUCCAAUAGGUAAAUUGGUCGAAUUUUUAACUCCACUAGAUGACUAUACUUCAUUAAACUUAGAUAUCUUGAAUUAUUUGAAAAAACAAAAACAACAAGAACUGAAAUUUCUCAAUAUAUCAAAUAAUUCAUACGUUAAUAAAUGGACUAUUCAGGAUCCAGCAAUUCUUACUUGUUCUAAGUCAUUGGUUGCUUUAGAGAUUUCAUUUGAUGCAUGGCAACAAAUAGAGAGAAUAAAUAAUGAAAGUGAAAUUGUUUCUGUUAAAUAUAACUUAAAAACCCGGAAGAAUGACAUUUAUAAAUGGAAAUGUUACAUUGAUACAUCGUACGGUAGACGAUAUUGGAUUUAUAAAACAGAUGAAUAUUUAAAUCGUGAUGAUAUUAACGUUGAUCGUGGGACAGUGUACGAUUCGCAAGGUAAUAAGAUAAUCAAAAUUAUCAAGCAGCCAGAUUACUUGAAGUUUGCACAGUACAAAAUAAGUUUAAGCUGUGGUCUAGUUACUCAAAGUAGUUUCAGGAGAAAGCAUUGUUACAGGGAUGUCAAACCCCAGAUAUCUCAAUUUUUAACCAGGAAUGGAGGUAUUGCCUUUGGGAAUAUUUCAAGACCAAUCAUUAGGCCUAGGUUACCCCUCGGUGGUUGGCGGUUGCUUCCGGACGAUGACCGGCGUGAUACUGCGCACUCAGUUUAUCGAAGAAGUAGUGAGGAACAUGAGGUCGGUUCUGCGCUAUAUUGGGACAGAUCGAUACACGAUUUGCAACAGCUCGCUGGCGGAGAAAACCAUCAAGCACCAAUCCCUACUAUCGAAGAAAUGGCAUCCAUAUCACCAGUAUUCUCACCUGAACAACAUAUUUCGCUGCCGCAAGAAGAGGAAGCGGAGGAAACUGACGAAGAGUAUUUAAACAAUCCAGAUUUGCAAAGAAGAAGAUCUCAAUUGAGCCUCUUCAGGGUACACCAUCGUUCAAGAUCUACCCAUAGACGUAGAAACAUUAAUAGAUCGAGCUCGUCACUAUCAAUAAUGCCAAGACAUUCUGCAUCACGUCCUUCUUUAAAUCGUCAGGGUUCUUCCUCAAUGUCUGUGCUGCCACAUAAUAACAAGAAGAAGGCGAAUGACUAUUAUUACCAACACCCGGAAGAAUUUGUCUACGACCCUAAUGACCCAAUAACUUCUGAACGUUAUAGAAUUCACUUUGAGCUCGUCAACGAGUACAGGGUCUUUGGUUGUACUGAACGUGGUAUGUACCGAUACUACAGCCUUAAAAUGUGA